UCAGCCUUUCGUCUCAUUCUGUUUCAAGUUAAUUUGCGUGCCUGCGUCUUUAAGAAGCUCCUGUCGUCAGAGCCACGGAAGGAAGCCGGAAGUGCAGUUUACGCGGCGUGUCUUUUUUUUUGCGUUGGGUUCAAUGUUAGUGACAUCUGUUCCCGGCAUGAGGUUCGGACGUCGCAUUGUUUAUGUGAGAGAAGCGGGUCUGAAAUGCACGGGAUCGGCGGCUCGGCGCGUCUGUCCCGAUCUCCACACACACUAGAAUUGCACUAACUUACCGACGGUUUUUAUUUUUGUGUACUUUUUUUUAAACCCAGCAUGUUUUGUUGUAUAAAGAAGUUCAAAUAUAUUCUAACAUCCAGCAACACACGUGGCGUGUCACUGGUGGAUUCCAAACCAUGAAUUAAUAAGACCCCAAAUUUCAAAGUAGCGACACGUUCCUACUAGUGGAGCUGAGACCACCCAAACAUCGACCUACUGAAGUGCAUUGAGAGACAACGGAAGUCCAAUCGUCAUACGCGCUCACGUUUCGUUUUAAUCCUGCAAAUCGCGCGGAUGCUGUGAUCUUGGACCCUGUUCUUGUUUUAUUUAAAGAACGUGAACUCGCGUCCCUUAAACGAGCGCAUGACGUGGCUCAAACUGAAGCGCCGAGUCAGAGCUUCGCUUAGGAAGAAGAAGAGACAGCCGGGCCAUGUCGAGAACGAGCAAGCGCUCCAAGCCUCCCCCGGGCAGCAACGGUCAGUCGUACGGCAGAUCGCGGCUUCCCAUCUUCAUCUUCAUCGGCAUCUGCGUGGUGGCGCUGCUCGCAGUCUGGAUGCUGAACUUCUAUCUGACCUACGUUCCAACCAGCAGUAACGUUCGUCUUGAACCUGGCGCAUGGGAGAAUGAAAAGUUUUCCCACAAAUUCAGAAAGCUCUCCAGCACGCAGGUCCGCCGACUUGCUUCACUUGUGGAUCGGCGGCGACUCUGGGAGACGUUUCUUCAGCCCAUGCUAAUUGAAAGGUAUCCAGGAUCUCCCGGCAGCCAAGUAGCAAGGCAGCAUAUCGCCAACUGCCUGCGCUCACUGUCUGCUGGGUGGACGGUGGACUUCGACACAUUCAGUGCGCCAACGCCUAGGGGGCAGGUGUCCUUCUCCAAUGUUAUGGCUGUACUAGACCCAGAUGUCCCUCGUCGCCUCCUUCUGGCAUGUCACUAUGAUUCCAAGUAUUUUCCCACUGAUGAAAAGGGGAGGGUCUUUAUAGGGGCCAGUGAUUCUGCCGUACCCUGUGCUAUGCUGCUGGAGCUGGUCACUGCGCUGGAUGCAGAGUUACGAACUUUUAAGCAACAGAAGUUGCCAUUGACACUGCAACUGGUGUUUUUUGAUGGUGAAGAGGCCUUCAAUGACUGGACCCCCACAGACUCCUUGUAUGGCUCUCGACAUCUGGCAGGAAGAAUGGCAAAGACGAAACACCCCAGUGGGGCUGUAGACACUACCCUACUGGACAGCAUUGACUUGUUUGUGUUACUGGAUCUGAUUGGCUCUCCAGAUCCACUCUUCGUCAAUCACUUUGACAAUACGGGCCGCUGGUUUGACCGCCUGGUGGCACUGGAGAAGCGUCUCCACAGGCUCGGCCUGCUGUCUUCACACCCUUCUGAGCAGACUUACUUCCGCAAGGAUUUCUACCUGGGACCUGUUGAGGAUGACCAUGUGCCUUUUUUAAAGAAAGGAGUGCCUGUUCUCCAUCUUAUCUCCACUCCCUUCCCGCCCGUUUGGCACACAAUGGACGAUACUGAAGAGCGGCUACACGCCCCCACCGUGGACAGUCUCACCCGCAUCAUGGCCGUCUUCAUAGCAGAGUACCUCGGCUUGUGAUCCUCCCCGCCACAGUUUGCCCAAUUUUGGACCUCCACUUCAGAACUCAGCCCCGUUCUGGCACUCGUUUUUCCUUUCUUUAACACCACAGAUUAAUGGCAUUGGGGGGCAUCUGUGAGAAAAUUUACAUUUAAUUGAAAAAAAAGCGCAAAUUUGAAUAUGAUAAUUUAAUGACAGUAUUUAUUAUUAAUUAAGAUACGGCGGUGUGGCGUCUCUGAAUGGUCGAUUACUAUCAUAGGUUACAUAUUAUUCAAGAAAAUGUCACAAUUUGACUCUCCGUUCUUUAAUUUUUAUUAUACGUGUGUGCAGACUGCUCAGAUAUGAGUUGAUGAGUUGGGGUGCCACUUUGGUGACCCCGUUUCUUAAAUGGCAGAAAAUUAAAGAAAAAGUACAACAAAAAGACCAUUAACAAGUCUUUCAGCUACAGAAGAACCCGAUCUCUCCUUCUCUUGUGAUCUUAGGAGGGUCAUCUUCAUGUGUAUCUCCUGACAAUACAGUUUAUUUAUGUGUAGCCCAAAAUCACACAAGAAGUGCCGAGAUGGGCUUUAACAGGCCCUGCCUCUUGACAG